AUGGAAACUGGGAAGGAAGAAGAAGAAUUUGCAGAAAGGAAAAAUUCUGUUUUUGCACAACUGGAUAAAAUUAGGAAUAAUUUAUCGUCCAAUCUUGAUAUUGAAAAAGCUGUAAAACGAAAGAAACCUUCUGCUGCAUCUGUGGGCACUGUGGCAGCAAAUACAUUACCGAAUUACAAAAAACAACCAGAGAAAUGGACCAAGUACGAUUUAAAAGAAACAAAUGUAUCCAGCGACCGGCAAAAUACUUUGGCGGGGUUUUCGUUUCUGCAUGAUUUAAAGAAGCGAGCCAAAACUGAGGACAAUUCCACAGUUGAUAACUCAGCAGAGCCAAUGAGCAUCGAAACUGUUGAGGACAAUGGGAUAAAGUUUAAAAAGCCAAUGCAGCCCAAAGGAAGAAGACAUGGUGAAGCCAUGAAAACGGACUGUGCUGAAAGCAGCAAAGUGGAGCUGGAUCAUUUAGAAGAAAAUGUUUCGGCGGAGGAAUACCAAGCAGCUAUUCUAGCAAAAUGGGAAGAUAAAAAUAAAACUGACUCCACAAUUUUAGAAUCUGGGUCUGCAGUUUUUAAAAAUCCGCAAAAAUCGAAUCGUAAAGGGAAAAAUAUUAGAGCCAGGGUGAGACGUGCUUCUGAUAGCGACUGA